AUGGAUUCACGGGUUCUGCCUCGGCUGCUGCUCGCUGCCUCCUGCCUCGUGGCGUCUGGCCUGCCAACUCCAGAAAAUUUUGAUGUAGAUGGUGGAAUUGACCAGGAUAUAUUUGAUAUCAAUGAAGCUUUGGGACUGGAUCUUUUUGAGGGAGACAUCAGACUUGACGGGGUACAAGAUAGAAAUUCCAUCAUUGGAGAAAACUAUAGGUGGCCUAAUACCAUUCCAUAUGUUCUAGAAGAUAGCUUGGAAAUGAAUGCUAAGGGAGUUAUCCUCAACGCAUUUGAACGCUAUCGCUUAAAAACAUGCAUCGACUUCAAGCCUUGGACUGGAGAAGCGAACUAUAUAUCAGUGUUCAAGGGCAGUGGCUGCUGGUCUUCGAUAGGAAACAGGCGCGUUGGGAAGCAAAAUCUCUCCAUCGGGGAAAACUGUGACAGGAUAGCAACCAUUCAACACGAGUUCCUGCACGCCCUGGGCUUCUGGCACGAGCAGUCGCGCUCUGACCGGGACGACUACGUCAGCAUCAUUUGGGACAGAAUUCAGUCAGGCAAAGAGAACAAUUUUAACGUCUAUGAUGACCAAGUCUCGGACUCUCUGAAUGUUCCCUAUGACUACACGUCAGUCAUGCACUACAGCAAAACCGCCUUCAGGAACGGAACGGAACCCACCAUCGUAACGAGGAUCCCGGACUUCAUGGAUGUGAUCGGCCAGCGGAUGGACUUCAGCGACUCUGACCUCCUCAAGCUGAACCGGCUCUACAACUGCUCCUCUUCCUUGAGCUUCAUGGACUCGUGCGAUUUCGAGCUGGAAAACGUGUGCGGGAUGAUCCAGGGCUCAGGCGACAGUGCGGACUGGCAGCGGGUGUCCCGGGUGCCCAGGGGGCCGGAGAGCGACCACUCCAACAUGGGCCAGUGCGCAGGCGCCGGCUUCUUCAUGCACUUCGACAGCAGCGCUGUGAACGCGGGCGCCACGGCGGUGCUGGAGAGCAGGACCCUGUACCCGAAGCGAGGCUUUCAGUGCCUGCAGUUCUAUUUGUACAACAGUGGGGGUGACAGGGACCAGCUGAACAUUUACAUCCGCGAGUAUUCCGCAGGCUCCGAGAACGGCACUGUGACCCUGGUGGAAGAAAUAAGAGACAUACCCACGGGGAGCUGGCAGCUUUACCACGUAACGCUGCAAGUAGCCAACAAGUUCCGGGUGCUGUUUGGCGGGGUCAGAGGUGCCGGUGCAUCCCUGGGCGGCCUGUCCCUCGACGACAUCAAUCUUUCGGAAACACGGUGCCCUCAUCACAUCUGGCGCAUCAGGAAUUUCACACAGUUGAUGGGCAGCCCCGAUGGAACCCUCUAUAGCCCUCCGUUUUACUCUCCUAAAGGUUAUGCCUUCCAGAUCUCCUUGACCCUGAGCCAGCCGACUAACGCAGGGAUAUAUUUCCACUUGAUCUCUGGAGCCAACGAUGAGCAGUUAGAGUGGCCCUGUCCUUGGCAACAAGCCACCAUGACACUCCUGGACCAGAACCCUGACAUUCGACAGCGCAUGUCCAACCAGCGGAGUGUAACUACAGACCCGCUUCUGACCACCGACGACGGGAGCUAUUUCUGGGACAGGCCCUCCAAGGUGGGGCAGGUGGCCUCCUUCCCGAACGGGACUCAGUUUAGAAGAGGUCGGGGCUGGGGCACCAGUGCCUUCAUCACCCACGAGCGGCUGAAGAGCAGAGACUUCAUCAAGGGAGACGACGUUUACCUCCUGCUGACGGUGGAAGACAUAUCCCACCUGAACACCACAGCCCCGCAGCCGGCCCCCACGGCCGGCACCCCCACGGCCGGCACCCCCACCGCCGGCACCCCUGACCUCUGCGUGAACUUCGCCUGUGAGAACGACGGCGUCUGCACCGUCCGGAAUGGCAGAGCUGAGUGCAGGUGCCCGUCGGGGGAAGACUGGUGGUACGUGGGGCAGCGGUGUGAAAAGAGGGGCUCCACACGAGACACCAUCAUCAUCGCGGCGUCGUCCACGGCCGCCGUGUUCGGGGUGAUGCUGGUGGUCACCCUGGUCAGUGUCUACUGCACCCGGAAGCGCUACCGUCGGGCGGCGGGCUCCAGCACGGCGGGCGCACCUGUGGAAAAUGUGAGUGCAGUCCGAGAUUUGGUUACUCAAACCUAG